AAAUGUUGUAGUGACAUUUUGGUUUUCAUCUCUUUUGCUCUCAGCCACACACAUUGAACUCCCUCAACCACACAGUCCAAUCCCGCCAAACAAACAGUCAUUUUUCCCUCUUAUUUUCAGAUUCUCACCUAAGCUCUUCACUAAAAUUCUAAAAUACUUAUACUCGGCCUCUUCUCUCUCUCAUCUCAGAACUCACUCUCACAGUCACGGUCUCACUCUCUCUCACCCUCUGAAAAAAAAUUCUUCUCACAGUCCUAAGCCAAUCAGUCUCUCUCUCCUCUUAGUUCUCCACCGCAGAGUUAUGUAGCUCUUUCUUUGGGCUGUUUUAAGAGAUUUAGCCUCAUAAAGGACUAAAUCUGAAAGUAUCAAAGACUUCUAGGGAUUUGGAACUGGAAAUUGCAGUCGUGGAAAUUACAAUGUUUACAUCCCAAACGACAUGAAAUGGGCUGAAUAUGCCAAAGUCCACACAAACUUCUAAAAUGCUAACGAACAUAGGAGGCGUUAUAAUCCACUGUGCACCUUCAUCUAUCAUUCAUGUUACGUUUACAUUCAGACAACAGAGGAACAAUUCUAUUUAUAUUGUAUAUUCUUAAUCAUUAAUAUAUAUGGUAAGCCAAAGGGAAAAAAUGAGAACAAGCACCAAUAUUUGGAGAUGGUCUGCUAACUGCAGGCUGUCUUCCAUGUUGAUCUUGUACGUGCUACUGUUGUGUUCCUUUUAUGCAUAUUGCGAUGCUAGAGACACACUGAGGCAAGGAGAGUGGAUUAGCGACAAUGGAGAAACUCUGGUUUCGGCUGGAGGGAGGUUUGAAUUUGGAUUCUUUAGUCCUACUGGAAGCUCUGGCAACAAAAGAUAUGUUGGAAUAUGGUACCACGAGUGGGAUAACCGAACAGUUGUAUGGGUUGCCAACCGAGAUAGCCCAAUUAUCAAUGCCAAUGGAGUUUUCAACGUUACAGAAGAUGCCGAGCUCAAGGUAUUGGAUACGACUGGAAAGGAAUAUUGGUCUGCAGAUAUUAGAGGGUUAACAUAUCCGUGUAGAAACCGAACUUUGACUCUCAAUAAUUCGGGAAACUUGGUGUUCGGUGAUUUUGGACAGCAUGCGAAUCUGUGGGAGAGCUUUAACACUUCAACUCAUACACUUAUUCCAGGCAUGGAUGUGAAUCAAGACUCGAUGUCGUCUUUGAUUUCUUGGAAAGGCUCUGAUGACCCUGGAGAAGGGAGCUUUAGGUUUUAUAUUUCCGGGGCCAUUUACAAAGAUUUUAUAAUUUACUGUAAUCAGUUUAGUUCAGACCAAAUGGAUGCUAAAUUACGAAAUUUUUUAAGGAAUUUUACUGCAAGGAUUGUGAUGGAUUUUAGUGGGAAGUUGCAGUAUUGGAGAUGGGAUGUGAAAGGUAUGAAUUGGUCCUUGAUAAUGGCAGAGCCGGAUAACAAAUGUAAUCUGUAUAACUAUUGCGGAAACUAUGGUGUUUGUAAUCCAGACAAUAACCUGGUGUGCAAAUGUUUGCCGGGGUUCAAGCCCAAUGCACCAGAGAAGUGGCAUUCUGGAGAUUUUUCAAAUGGGUGCUCCAGAAGCUCGGUGUCAUGUGGCGAAAACGAUAUGUUUUUUCCCGUAUACGCAAUGAGUUGGGACGAUACCAACAGUAACUUAAAGCCAGUUUCGGUCAAAGACGAAUCGGCUUGCAAAACGAAGUGUCUUAAAAGGUGCGACUGCAGGGUUUAUUCCUAUGACAAUGACACUAAUACUUGCUAUAUUUUGACGCAAGAUCCAGUUGAUCUUCGAGAGUAUGCCGAAGUUACCAACAGCUAUUCCGUCCAGAGCAUUUCCGUCCGUGUGGCGAUAUCUGAUAUAGAAUCGGCUGUACAAAGUUGUGAGCCUUGCGGCAUAAACAUGAUCCCCUAUCCAUUGAGCACUGGACCAAGUUGUGGUGAUCCGAAUUACUUCAGUUUCAAUUGCAAUACUACCUCAGGCCAGGUUAGUUUCAUUGCACCAAGUGGCACAUAUCGAGUCGCUAGUAUUGAUCCAGAUACACGAAGCUUUUUAAUCCAAGUUAAUGACAGUGGAAAUCUGCGGUUCAGCCAUUCGUUGCCAUUUGAUUUAACUAGUCCAAGAAACUUUAGUUCUGAAAUUUCAACUGAAGUUAUAGAUGAGGUUGAGAUUGUUUGGGAGCCACCACUGGAGCCUAUUUGUAAUUCAUCUGCAAAAUGCAAUGAUUGGUCACAUUCGACUUGCAAAUCCGCAAGAGAUGGAAAGAGGAGGUGUCUUUGCACCUUUAGCUAUCGAUGGGAUGGCGCAAUGUUAAAAUGUAGAAAAGAAAAGUGGGUGAUAUUGCUUCUGAUUAUUGGAAUAACUAGUGUGAGUAUUCUCUGUGCCGUUAGUUCUGUUUACAUAUGGUAUAGAAACAUAGCCAAGAGACAAGAAAAUAGAAAAAUUGAUCAAAGAAAUCGAACACAAAGGAUGUUAGACAGUGAAGAUGUCCAAGCUUUGAUAGACUUAAGUGAGUUCAAAGAAGAAGAUGAAGAAGGCAUAGAUGUUCCUUUUUUUGAUUUGGAAAGCAUACUAAUUGCUACAAAUAACUUCUCAAAUGAAAACAAGCUUGGAGAAGGAGGCUAUGGGCCUGUUUACGAGGGUAAACUUCCAAAUGGUCAAGAAAUUGCAGUAAAGAGGCUUUCAAGUGUCUCAAGUCAAGGUUUACAAGAAUUUAAGAACGAAGUGGUAUUGAUUGCAAGACUUCAACAUCGAAACCUUGUCAAACUCUAUGGAUAUUGCAUAAAAGGGACUGAAAAAAUUUUACUUUAUGAGUACAUGCCGAAUAAAAGUUUAGACUUCUUUAUAUUUGAUCAAAAGCAAAGCAUACUUUUGGAUUGGGAGAUACGUUUCAACAUCAUUUGGGGAAUCGCUCGAGGACUUCUUUAUCUUCACCACGACUCUAGAUUAAGGGUCAUUCAUAGAGAUUUGAAAACCAGUAACAUUCUUCUAGAUCAGAAAAUGAACCCCAAAAUAUCUGAUUUUGGAUUGGCGAGGAUUGUUGGUGGCACACAAACUGAGGCAAACACAACUAAAAUAGUUGGAACAUAUGGCUAUAUCUCCCCAGAGUAUGCAUUAGAAGGAAUUUUUUCUGUCAAAUCUGAUGUUUUCAGUUUUGGAGUAGUUCUACUUGAGAUUAUAAGUGGAAAAAAGAACACAAGUUUUUAUCAGUCAGAACAAGCAAUGAGCCUUCUAGGUUAUGCAUGGAGACUGUGGACAGACAAAAAGGUUUUGGAUUUAAUGGACGAGACCCUACAAGAUACUUGUAUUGCAAAUCAAUUUGUAAAGUGUGUAAAUAUUGGCCUAUUAUGUGUACAAGAGAAUCCAGGUGAUCGCCCUACUAUGAUGAAUGUUAUCAAGAUGUUUGAUAUUGAAACUGUGAACCUUCCAACUCCCAAACGACCAGCCUUUUUCAUAGGGAGAGACCAAUCCAAGGCAACUUCUUCUGAUCAACCAGAAUCAAAUAAUGUAUUAACGAAUACUCUAGACGGACGAUGAUGCAUGGUAAAGAUUCUCAUGAGUCUUGUAUCUCCUAAUUACUCAUGCAAAGUUUUUUGUGCACCCACAAAGGGAAAUAUAAUGUUUUUGUUUG